GGCAGGUGCCUCACUUUCGAUCUGGGAAGCCUUUAAAUAAAACUCGCUGAAAAUCUUAGAGCAUACACAGAAGAGAGACCCCAAUCAAAAAUAAGGUGGAAAAGAAGGAUGUUGUCCUUAAACAACCUACAGAAUGUCAUCUAUAACCCGAUAAUCCCCUAUGUUGGGACCAUUCCUGACCAGUUGGAUCCUGGAACUUUGAUUGUAGUACGUGGGCAUGUUCCUAAUGACUCAGACAGAUUCCAGGUGGACUUACAGUGUGGCAGCAGUGUGAAGCCUCGAGCUGAUGUUGCCUUUCAUUUCAAUCCACGUUUCAAAAGGACCAACUGCAUUGUUUGCAAUACUCUGAAAAAUGAAAAAUGGGGAUGGGAAGAGAUCACCUAUGACAUGCCUUUCAAAAAAGAAAGAUCUUUUGAAAUUGUGCUUAUGGUGCUGAAAGACAAAUUCCAGGUGGCUGUAAAUGGAAAACAUAUACUGCUCUAUGCCCACAGGAUUAGCCCAGAGAAGAUAGACACUCUGGGCAUUUAUGGCAAAGUGAAUAUUCACUCCAUUGGCUUUAGCUUCAGUUCGGAUUUAAGAAGUAACCAAGCAUCUACUCUGGAACUGACAGCGAUAAGUAGAGAAAAUCUUAGUAAUAGAGAAGGAGACAAUUCUAAAAUCGUACCCAGAACUGUCUACACCAAGAGCAAAGUUUCGACUGCCAAUCACACUUUGACUUGCGCCAAAAUACUACCUACCAACUGUUUGUCAAAGACUCUGCCAUUUGUUGCAAGGUUGAACUCCUCAAUGGGCCCUGGACGAACUGUUGUCAUUAAAGGAGAAGUGAAUACAAAUGCCAAAGGCUUUAAUAUUGAUCUAAAAUCAGGAAAAUCAAAGGAUAUUGCUCUCCACUUGAACCCACGCCUGAAUACCAAAGCAUUUGUAAGAAAUUCUUUUCUUCAGGAGUCCUGGGGAGAAGAAGAGAGAAAUAUUACCUCUUUCCCAUUUAGUCCUGGGAUGUACUUUGAGAUGAUAAUUUAUUGUGAUGUUAGAGAAUUCAAGGUUGCGGUAAAUGGCGUACACAGCCUGGAGUACAAACACAGAUUUAAAGAGCUGAGCAAUAUUGACAUGCUGGAAAUUGAUGGAGAUAUCCACUUACUGGAAGUAAGGAGCUGGUAGCUGACAUGACUGCCACAAAAACUGAAAUGCAAAAUGGCUUAUGUAACACUGGCCUUGUUAAAAUGCAUCUUACUAUCAUUUAUGUUAUGUCGUCUAUAUAUAUUGUUAAAUUGAGGUAGCAUACCAACAUUAAGUCCUACUUACUGGGUGUUCUCAGUGCUUGCCAUGAAGAAUGACUUUGUCUAGCCCAGAAUGAGGAAAUUUGAGGCAACAACAACUUUUAGCUAUUAUUAAGGCCUUUCUAAGCUCUCUCUCCUACACUGGCCUCUUCUUUUUUAAACCCACUUCACAUUCAACAAGUAUUUAUUAAGUGCCUCUUACAAUACAGUAGCUAACAAGCAUUGAGCACGUGUUUUUUGCCAGCACUGUGCUAGGAGCUGGGGAUAUAUACACAGUGGUGCACAAAACUACUGUUCCCUGUUCUCUUGAGCUCAGAAUCUUCUGUGCUCUACCACUGUUUUUUCUGCAGGCAUUGCAUAAACUUACCAGGGACUUAAAAAGAAUUAGCCAGUAAAUUACCUAAAGACACUAAUUUAUAGAGACACUACCCCUUCACCAGUGAUUGCUUUCUUAACCAGUGUGGUCAUAUCCUGUAACUGAAAGGAUUGAUGUUGACUUACAUCUGGCAGUUUUCUUCAGCAUAAUAAAUAUCUAGCUCUACUAGCUGAAAGCAUUACCAGAUAAUUAACAUUAUGAAAUCUGAACACAGCACGAAGGUUAAGGCAAAAAACAAAGAAAAACAAAUGGUGUUGAAAUUAACUUGAUAUCAGUCUCAAGGCCACUGAUUUCUGUAGCAGUAAAUGCUUAUUUUAGAGUAUUUGAAUUUAGGGUGAGUCAGAGGUCUGCACAUAAUUCCUACAGAAAGUUUAAGGUAGAUGCAAGAGGAAUUCAAUUGAUAAAAUGAUUAUGGGUAACAAAGCAAUGUCAAGAUUAGACUUACUGUUUAUAAAAUAGGCACUAUGAGAAAGUAAAAUGUACGAACUGAGACCAAUGAAGAGGCAAUGUAAAAUCUGUUGCUUGUCCACAUGCAAACCAACACUGCCUCUCUGCUCUUCUAAAGAUUAGUCCAUCAUCAUUAGCGACUGAGAUCAAAACAUUGUUCUACUUUAAGUGAUUAAAAUCAAACCUGUAUCAGCAGGUUAAA